AGUGAGAGCAGCCUGAUGUGUGCAUGGGCAGCCUGCCGUCCUCGCCUCCCCUCCCCGUGGCUGGGCGGCGCUGCCGAGAGCGAGGCGGAUUGACGUCAGUCGGCGCGGCUGGUUUCCGGUGAGGGGUGACAGUGACGGUGACUGGGAGCACUCGCCCUGUGCCGCUGCACAAACGGGGCCCCCUUCAGCUGCCCACUUUGAACGCUCGGUUGGCCUCAAGUCGCUGCCCGCCCGCCGGACGGAGGGAGGAAUCGCCUUGCUGUCCCCGAGUUUAUAUAUUUUUUUUGUUUUGCCGGGGGAGGCGGCGGCGGGGGUGGCGACUGGUCGCUCAGGGCCUGGCUAACCGGCGGUGAGAGGGAGCGUCGGCUGGGUGGUUAAGAUGGCGGCCGCGGGGAGCGGGGAAGAAGAGCGCAGCCUGCGAGAGUGCGAGCAGUAUGUCCACAAACACAACAUACAGCAGGUCCUCAAGGACUGCAUCGUGCAGCUCUGUAUCGCCAGGCCCGAGAAACCCAUCACCUACCUCAGGGAAUACUUCGAGAAACUCGAGAAAGAGGAGGCCAAACAAAUGCACAAUCAGCAGAAAUCGGGUUCUCGAUCUGACUCUCGUGAGGAUGAAAUCUCUCCCCCUCCACCCAUGAACCCAGUAAUGAAGGAGCGAGGACGCCGAGGGGCAAUUAGUGCUGAGGUUUACACUGAGGAAGAUGCUGCAUCAUAUGUAAGAAAGGUAAUUACUAAGGAUUACAAGACUAUGGCUGCCCUGGCUAAAGCCAUUGAAAAGAAUGUGCUCUUCUCUCAUUUGGAUGACAAUGAAAGAAGUGAUAUUUUUGAUGCAAUGUUCCCAGUCACAUACAUCGCUGGUGAAACAGUCAUACAACAAGGCGAUGAAGGGGAUAAUUUCUAUGUUAUUGAUCAAGGAGAGAUGGAUGUUUAUGUUAACAAUGAAUGGGUGACUAGUAUUGGAGAGGGUGGCAGUUUUGGAGAACUUGCAUUGAUUUAUGGAACCCCAAGAGCUGCAACUGUCAGAGCAAAGACCAACGUGAAGUUAUGGGGUAUUGAUCGAGACAGCUAUAGGAGAAUUUUGAUGGGAAGCACGCUGAGAAAAAGAAAGAUGUAUGAAGAGUUCCUCAGUAAGGUCUCCAUAUUAGAAUCACUGGAUAAGUGGGAACGGUUGACUGUGGCUGAUGCAUUGGAACCAGUGCAGUUUGAAGAUGGACAGAAGAUUGUGGUGCAAGGAGAACCUGGUGAUGAAUUUUUCAUUAUUUUGGAGGGUACAGCAGCUGUGUUGCAGCGCAGGUCAGAAAAUGAAGAGUUCGUAGAAGUUGGAAGAUUGGGGCCAUCAGAUUAUUUUGGUGAAAUUGCUCUUCUGAUGAACCGUCCUCGUGCUGCCACAGUGGUAGCACGUGGUCCAUUGAAGUGUGUGAAAUUAGACAGACCUCGAUUUGAGCGUGUCCUGGGUCCUUGUUCAGACAUACUUAAACGAAAUAUCCAGCAGUACAACAGCUUUGUAUCACUGUCUGUCUGAAAUCCUCCUUUACUCUGCUGCAGCAUCCGCCAGAGCAAACUGCCUCAUGUCUGUCUGAAGUGCCGCUUCCUGUGGCAGACCACCACCAGUCCCACAGCUUCCUGUCCAUCAGAGAAAGCAUUCCCUCUGUAGCAUUUAAUGCCACAUUUGCUUUGUCUUUUUCACACUGCACCAGCUUUCAACAGUCAAUCCAGCUUCAUUGUAUUUUCCUUUUUGCUUGGUGUAGAACUCAUGUUUUGUUUAUUAAAAUUAAAACUCUGCUGUUUUAACUAAACAGUGUGAUUAAUACACAGUAAUAAGCUUUGGUUAUGAGCAGAGGAUCUUUGAACCCUUUAGCUUGCUCUGUUUCAAGGUGUUGAAAUGCAUUCAUGUCUUGAAUCACAUGAAUGUGUGCGCGUUGAACAUCUUGGGUUUAGGCUUGGGUGAGCAGCUUUAAAAUUGAAGACUUUUUAAACCCUUGGUGUGCAAAUUACCACAAAACAUGCCUCAUGGCUAGGACUGAAAGCAGCAUUUUCUGUUUGUACCUGGCACAGAUUUGAGGGAGGAAAAUGACUAAAUUCAGAUCUUUUGGUCUUGAAGGUAACAAACAUUUGAGCUUUGAGAUGAAUGUUACCUUUUUUAAUUUUUUGAAAAUAAUUUGAAGUUGUUUCAUUUUUUUUAUAUAUGGUUUUAGGCUUUGCUUAGUCCCUGCAUAUUUGCCAAAUGUAUACUCCAUUUGCACAUGAGGUUAUAUUUAGACCAUUAAAAAAGAAAAUGAAGUCCAUUUUAAUUUUGAUCACAUUUGGUAGUCUACUAAAUAAUGGAUACCUUUGUGCAGUGGGUGAGACAGCCAGAUACUUGCAUGAGAAAGAUUAGUUAAUAUACACUUAUGAUUUAUACACACCAGGUUACAAAACAAAUAAACCAUGAUAUUUCAGCAUCAUUACAAUUUGGCAAUGCUCUAGUUUGUGGGAUUUACCUCAUGGGUUGGCAUGUUUUUGUAUUGAUCAAACUUUAUGGUUGCAGGAUCUGCUAAGAUUUAAAGCACAUGCCUAUUGCAUAAAAUAUCAAGUUCUAAGCCCAUAUCAGAAUUUUUUUUGAACUGUGAAUUAGUGGAGCCUUUUUUAUUAGUCUCCCUAAUGUAAUUGUGGGUGAGGAAUUAAUUUGUAGCCAGAAAAUUACCAGUUCUGAAUGUGAGUUUUGCUUUUGGAUGAGUUGUCCAUUCUGAUGGAGCACUUCGUAGAGGCUACAGUCAUUCCAUCUUCAGCAACAAAGACUUAAAACAGUCUUCCCGUAAACUUUUUUCUGGUGGCUAGUUGUGGAUUUAUAUUGGCAUAAGCUGUGGAAAAUUCUACAGCCUAAAUUGAGUAUGGAUCUAUGAUGUUGAAAGAGGAUAAAAGAGCCAGAUAUUUUAGUUCUUUCUGCACGAUGAGAAAUAAGAUAACUUGGUUUCAAAGAUGUAUAUUUACUCAGUUUUAAAUUCAGUGACAUGAGGUAAAAUUUGAAUUGUGCCCUUUCUGUUAAUGUGGGAUAGUCAGUUCUGUGAAUGUCUGUUCCUAUUUGCUGAUAAAAUUGGAAAUAUCAAUUUCAGUUGGUAAUCAGUGAAAGUAGUUAGAAUUAAAAAGUAUUCUUUUGUAGAUGUGGUUAAUGUAUUGACAGUUACUUUUACCAAAUACCCUUUUUUACCCUGAAUCAUUUGUAACAAGUAACCUCCAAUGUUGAAGAUGAGUUCUAGUUGGCACAACUAGAUAAUCUGUGGAUUUAUUCCCUAGCCAUGUGUUAUAAGUUUUCAAUCUGGUGCUGAGACAGAGCUAGAGAAAGGGUUGCAAAAUGAAACCUUGUUUAAGAACCAUAUGUAAUUUCAUUCCAAGGGCAAAAAAGUAAACAUUCCUUUUAGUAACAAACCAGCACCAUCACUGGUACUAAUGCAUAUACUCCAUGCACUAGUACUUGACCAGCACAUGAUGGGAGGCUGGCAUCACUAAAUCCUAUUGCAGUUCUGACCCAGUUUAUAAUAUAUACAUUGUUUCUUGGUUCUCCAAUAGCAUUGGACAUGUAUAGGUAUUAACUAACUGUCCUGCAUUAGACUAGGAUGAUGCAAUAUGAUAGCUAUUUAAAUAGCUGAUAAUUAAGUUGGUGCAGUGCUGUAGAACCCAUAUUAUUUUGUAUUUAAUCAUAGUUGCACUUUCCUGCAGCUCUCAGUAGCUGGCGCUGCUGUUCCAUUAUUGGCAUACACCAGAGCUCAGCCAGUAUUAUGCAAAUGUAAACCCAGACACUGUAGUAAAAGGCAGAAACCAAAAACUGGACGAUCCCAACUAGCCAAUAUAUUGGCAUUCUGAAAUGUACAACAGCUUUUUAGUAAGGCAUGAAGUGCAUUUUAUUUUGAGGCUUUCAAGAAAGGAGGAAAUUUUGCUGAGUCUUAAUGACAUUUCAGUAUUUCACAGCUUUGUGUUAAAUAUGCAUCCAUUACAUACACACUUUACUAAUUCCACAUAGCUGUAAUUAGAUGAUAUUCAUUAUUCUAUAUAGAAUGACUUGGGCUAGAAUUAUUAUUUGGAUUGUACAGCAAGCCAAAACUAAAUUGUUUGUGAAGUAGGGUUGGGCAUAGGAUGCCAAUAGAUUGCUAAUAUUUCCAGGGGGAAAUAAACCAGAUUUAUCAUGUACUAAAUAUUGCUAUGCCUGAUGAAAACUUGAAAAACCAUUUAGGCUGCCUUUUAUGUAGCACACAAUACAAACUUUUUGAUGGUACUUGCAGUUUAUUUUAAUGUGUGUCAAUGCACUUGCCUGUGUAGGUUGAAGAAAGUGCUAGCAUAAAAAUCCAUGAAGAAACUCUACAUUGAACAUGUAAUAACUUUCACUUGAAGUGGAAAGCUGCAUUUCAUUGGAGGGUUGAGAUGUUAAUUUAAACUUGUUUUUUGAUUUGGCAUCUAAUGCUUAUUGGGUAACCAUGGUAUCAUGACCAUGGAGCAGAUUGGCUGUGACAAUGAAUUUCAUCUAAUUUCUUAGUUUGCAGCCUUCUGUUGUUUGUGACAUUCAAUGUCAGCUUGCUGUUGAACUGCAGUAUACUUUUUCUAAUUAGAGCCAACUCCUGUUUCAUCAGUGUAAACUCCAGCUUGGAAAUUGAGCGGAGACCAAGCUUGAGUUUUAUUUCUGGAAUGGACAAAAUUAACCCAGUUUACUGCUGGAAAGUAUCCUCUCCAGAUUGUUCAGUGUUGGACACGUGAAUUCUGGUAUUUUUUUUGGGUAAUUGGACAGAUUGGUAGAAAAUCAUUCCAGGAUACAGUUUCCCAGUACCCCAAAUUGCUUGUAGGAAUGUUAGUGUAGUGUUCCAGUAAUAAAUAUCUUUUUUUGAGACCAUUCUCAUUUUGGGGAGAAAAACCUGACAACUAACAGAUUGGUUUUGGCUUGUUGCACAUCCUUAAAGUUUUUAUUUACCUAAAUGAUUUUAUUACAAAGUAGCUGAUAUUAAGUUUAUUGAAUAAUCUGAUGCAGUUGAAGCUUUAACUUUUGUGUGCAAUCAGAACUGUAUGUACAAAUGACCACAGUUUGAUGUAGUUUGCCUUAGCUAUCUUAUAUGGGAAUUAGAGACAUUCUCAGCUAGCUCACCUACAAAAACAAAAUUGCAAAGUGGAAAUAGUGUGAUAAUAUGUAGAUUAUCUAAGGACCAUUUUUGUAUUGUUCCCAGAUUUAUUGUAUGUGCUAAAAAUAAUCCUUUUGUUAUAGUGUCCUAAUGACGGGUCAAGCAAUAAAAAUUAAUUCUUAAAAAGAAAA